UGGAUCUGAAUUGUUUUCUGUGGGAACAGUCAUACUGGCCCAAAACGGAAGGAGGACCCGAGAUAACGGUAGAUGUGGUCCACCGGGCAAAUGAUAUAACGACCUCGUUGGCCGUCCCUUGCAUGCUGCUUGCACUGCAGUCCACUCUCCCCUCAACAUGAUGAACGGCGUCGACACAGAAUGGUGCCUCCGCUGCGGCGACUCUCGUCCUCAGGUGCGUCCCCGUCCUCUCUCUCGUUCCCGCCCCUGCUCACCUCCUUCCCACAGGAAGGCGACCAGUUCUGCUCGGACGCCUGUCGCGACCUCCACCGCGCCGACAAGCUCCCGCUUGUCAUCCCGUCCCGCCCUUCGUCCCCCGCCCUCUCCGACCCCUCCGACCCUGGUUUUCCCCUUCCAUCCCCAUUCAGAAGAUGAUCCCCAUCCCGACAUCACCCAUGCCGAAGACUGGGUCGGCAAAGGCGCCGACGGCGUCGCUGCAUGGGCGGCCUCUAUACCACUAGGCGCCCCUCCAUCCUCCUCAUCUUCCAAGCCUUCGUCCUCAUACAAGACGUCCCCGCAACUCAUACGGCCACGCGCAAGCACCAGCAGCGCCGCUUCGAGCAGCUCAGACCGCCCACGGCGCUCCCGCUCCAAGAGCCACC